UUUGGGUGACGUUGUAAUGUUCGCGUUUUCGAAGAUUUCAUUGUCUACAUCUUGAUCAAAGAUUUCAAUUAUUGAUCUAUAUGAUAUAAUGGAAUAUGUAUAUACUUAGGAAAGGUUCUUCGAGUCAAAUAAUCCAUAGGUUUAUUGUUUUUUUUUUUUUGUAACUUAGAGCACCACUAACGGAGACGCUUAAAGAAGUGUUUAAUGUUUUUAUGAUUUUUAAAAAUAAGAAAAUGAUGUAAUUAGGCAAGCUACGACGCUUAAUUAAGCACCACAAAAGGAGUGGCUUAAGGGACACGUGUCUCACAUUCACCUCACCCCGUCUCUUUCUCUCUCUCAGGAAAAACGAUCAAAUCGACGGAGUCCGUCCGCCUCUAUCCCGUGAUCGACGGUACUCUCCGCGUGUCGUUCGCUCUCCUCAUCGCCUCCAUGAAUCCGUCGUCGUCGUGAUCUGUCCUCGAGAUGAUCUCUCCUUGAAGGAAUCGAUCGAAGAAGAUGAUAUCUCCUCGUCUCUCUCGCUCUCCAUGAAUCUCUCGACUCUCUUUGUGUUUUAAUUAAUUAGGAUUUGAGUUUUGAAUCAAUCUUUGAACCAGGGUGAUAUGAUUGCUCCUAUUCUCCAUGGUAAAGUAUCAACCAACAUUAGUAGUAGCCCACAUCAGACUAAUCAGCCAUGUAUCGUAAAUUGUAGCAAAGGACGUGAAUCUGAGAUUCAACGAGCACUUGCGUUACAGCAUGCUUUAGAUGAGAAGGAAAUGGAGCCUGAGAUGCUAAAGAUUGUCAAGGGUUCAAAAGACAAGAGUGCAAGCAAUGGUGGAUGCAGCUAUCAAGGCUGCAUCAUCUGUGAAGGAAGGAGAAGAUGCCAUCAAAAUCCAUCUCCCUCAGACGCAUCAAAGCCUAAGGCUAACAACGAUUUCAUCUCACAAGAUGGUUCAGAGAAAAACGAGGCUCAAAUGCCUUCAGAGCUAAUCACAUCCUGUGUUGCCUCUUGGUUCAUGAUUCAGGUUUGUGCAUAUUCAAGUCUUGUAAGAUUGUAGUUUAGUCUUGUGUCUUGGACAUUUUGUUUAAAUGGUGAAUUUGUGUUAUUUUUUUUUUAAGAAUCACUAAACAAGAUGCUUGUAUUGGAGGACAAAAAAUUAGAAGUUUCUUAAAUAAAGUGCUUAACAUCUAUUUAUUAUUAAAAAUUGAUUAAGCACUCCAUUAGGAGUGCUAGGGAUAAUGAUGCUCUUAGGCUUUCUAGGAUUAUUGUUUUAAUCUCUUAAAAUUAGACCCUCUCGUGAUUUUCUGAGCAUAGAAUACGGGUAGUAGGUAACCACGAGCUUUUCAAUCUUUCAUAAAGAUUCAUCUUUGAAUAGUACAAGAUUUUCCGAAAGAAAUGAAAAG